AUGGCUGAUAACGAGGAUAUUCAGCCUCUCGUCUGUGAUAAUGGAACAGGAAUGGUCAAGGCUGGGUUUGCUGGAGAUGAUGCUCCAAGAGCUGUGUUCCCUAGCAUAGUUGGACGGCCACGCCAUACUGGUGUGAUGGUUGGGAUGGGCCAAAAAGAUGCAUAUGUCGGAGAUGAAGCUCAGUCUAAGCGUGGUAUUUUAACUUUGAAAUACCCCAUUGAGCAUGGUAUAGUGAGUAACUGGGAUGAUAUGGAGAAGAUCUGGCAUCACACAUUCUACAAUGAACUUCGUGUGGCUCCGGAAGAGCAUCCAAUUCUUCUCACUGAAGCACCUCUAAACCCAAAGGCCAAUCGUGAAAAGAUGACACAAAUCAUGUUUAAAACAUUCAAUGCCCCUGCUAUGUAUGUUGCCAUCCAGGCCGUUCUUUCCCUAUAUGCUAGUGGCCGUACAACUGGUAAUAUUGUUCUGGACUCUGGAGAUGGUGUCAGCCAUACUGUCCCCAUUUAUGAAGGUUAUGCACUUCCACAUGCUAUCCUGCGUCUUGACCUUGCAGGCCGUGAUCUCACGGAUGCACUGAUGAAAAUUCUGACUGAGCGUGGCUACUCAUUCACCACUACUGCCGAACGUGAAAUUGUGAGGGACAUGAAGGAGAAGUUGUCAUACAUUGCCCUUGAUUAUGAACAGGAAUUAGAAACAGCCAAGACAAGCUCAGCUGUUGAGAAGAGCUAUGAAUUACCCGAUGGCCAGGUAAUCACCAUUGGUGCCGAGCGUUUCCGAUGCCCUGAGGUCCUUUUCCAGCCAUCUAUGAUCGGAAUGGAAGCUGCUGGUAUUCAUGAGACAACUUACAACUCCAUAAUGAAAUGUGAUGUGGACAUCAGGAAGGAUCUAUAUGGAAACAUUGUCCUCAGUGGUGGGUCUACCAUGUUCCCUGGUAUUGCUGAUAGAAUGAGCAAGGAAAUUAUCGCAUUAGCACCUAGCAGCAUGAAGAUUAAGGUGGUGGCUCCACCCGAACGGAAGUAUAGUGUCUGGAUCGGAGGUUCCAUCUUGGCAUCUCUCAGUAUUUUCCAACAGAUGUGGAUUGCAAAGGCAGAAUAUGAUGAGUCUGGCCCUUCAAUUGUGUACAGGAAAUGUUUCUGA